GAAAUAAUCUCGCCUCUUCUAGUGACGAUAGAAAUGGCGCGAACGAAGCAAACAGCACGCAAGUCGACGGGAGGCAAGGCGCCGCGCAAGCAGCUGGCGACGAAGGCGGCCCGGAAGAGCGCCCCGGCCACCGGCGGCGUGAAGAAGCCGCACCGGUACCGGCCGGGGACGGUCGCGCUGCGCGAGAUCCGCCGCUACCAGAAGAGCACGGAGCUGCUCAUCAGGAAGCUGCCCUUCCAGCGCCUGGUGCGAGAGAUCGCGCAGGACUUCAAGACGGACCUGCGCUUCCAGAGCUCGGCGGUCAUGGCGCUGCAGGAGGCCAGCGAGGCCUACCUUGUGGGCCUGUUCGAGGACACCAACCUGUGCGCCAUCCACGCCAAGCGGGUCACCAUCAUGCCCAAGGACAUCCAGCUGGCCAGGCGGAUCCGCGGGGAGAGGGCCUAGUCUCGCCUCGUUUCUUGAAGAUUAGUUUUAGUAUUUAAAUUGACAAAGCCCUUUUCAGGGCUGC